AUGUCACGCAUCCCGAAGCCAAGGAGGAAAGUGCAACAGUGGGUCAUCACUGGCCUGUCGGAGCGGGCGCCGGUGCAGGGCGGCUACCAGAAGCAUGGCCCGCCUGGGGGUGAGGCCCUCAACAAGCGCGAGAAGAAUGAGCUUCAGAAGCUCCGCGCACAGGCACGCAGGGAAGGCCGCAACCCGGAUUUGGUGAUGCUGCCGCCGCCGAAGCUGCGGCGGGCGCCGAAGCUGCGCGAGCCGGAUGCCAUUCUUUUGGGCCCAGCCUUGCCCACCAUGGCGCUGCCGCCGGCCGAGAUCAUGGAUGCUGCGCAGCUGGGGCGUGCGUGCAACGCCGUCGCCCGCGGAGACGGUGCCGUGAUCUUGCUGCCGGGCUUGGCGCACCGUGCGCGUGAGCUGGUCCUUGAGCUGGCGCCAAGGGAUCUGACGAAGGUCCUGAAAGCCUUCAGCCGGCAGCGCUAUGAGGAUGCGGACUUGGGCGCACUUCUGUUGCGACAGGCGCUGACCCGGCUCGCCUAUUUUGAUGCUCAAGACCUCGUGGUGCUGUUGUCGAGCUUGGUGCGCACCGAGCUCAAGGAGGAGUUAAUGCCCGUGGCCGAGGAGCUCCGGGAGCGUUGUCCGGAGCUGCGGGGCGCCACAGUGCUGAGCAGUGCCUGCAGUGCAGCCGCGUGGCUACCCGAGCCAGAUCUUCGCACGCACCGGACGCAUCCGGACGCCGUGGGACCCAUGCGAUGGCGCACUCCGCUGGGCCAAGUGCGGCGCCUGUGGACGCCCGGCACAGGGUACAGGCCGCGGGGCGACGACCCCCAUCGCAGGCCCCACGUGCGUUUGCGAGAAGGGGCGGAGCAGAUCCCAGCGGCCUCGGUGUUUCCACUUCGAUUUGCCUUCGAUCUGCUCGCUCCAUCCGAAGUGCCACUUGGCCCCCCAGCGUUGGCCAUGGCUGUGGAGAUGGACUUCAACUUUGAGCAGGUCGAAAAGUUGGCUUCGCUGAGUUAUCAGCAAGCAGGGUCCAUGAAGCGCGGCUCCUACGUGAUGAUGAGAGGCCGCCCUUGUCGGAUUGUGGAAGCAGCCCAUUCUGCGCCCGGCAAGCAUGGCCAUGCGAAGGUUCACAUGGUUGGCCUAGACCUCUUUACGGGGAAGAAGUAUGAAGAGAUCCACCAAGCAGGCCAAAACGUGGAGGUGCCCGUGGUCACCAAGACGGAGUAUCUCCUGGUGAACCUGAACGAGGAGACCGGCGAAGUGAGCCUCCUUCAAGACAAUGGCGAGCUGAAGGUCGAUCUCAACUUGCCCGCGCAUCGGCACAAGACUUCGGAGGAUGACGUCAAGGUUGAGGCCGACAUCAUGAAGGCCUUCAGCAGCGAUCGUUUUGUCGUCACUGUCGUGGUCAUGGCCGCCUGUGGCGAGGAGAAGAUCGUCGGCUGCAGUGCUUCCGACUGA